AUGGAAAUCUAUUUGUUUGGGGGCUAUGAUGUCUGGAUGUUAUUUGUAAAUGGUUACUCUAUUCCUACUUGUCCUCCUAUUGAUCCUAAAGAAAAAACAAAAUAUGAGUGCAAUGUUGAAGCCAAAAAGACUAUUCUCGGUGGGAUAACUGAUAUUGUAUCCUUAAAGGUCAAGAAAUGUAAGCCUGCAAAAGAUGUAUGGGAUAAGUUAAAGGAAACCUAUGGAGAGGUACUAAGCACUGCUGAGUCAGACUAUGAAAAGAAAGAGAAGAGAAGAUCUCAUCUAAGUAUGGAUGACAGAAGAAGAUUAGAUUGUGGUUGUAGUGAAGAUGAAAAGGAAACUCAGUUUCGCAUUGCACAAGAAGCUUUAAAUGUGGAGAAAACAUAUCACUGUGAUAGUGCUUCUCAAUCCAGCAGGUUGGAUCCUUUUGGAAGCAAUGAAGAAAAUGAAGAAGAAGAUAAUAAUGUUGAAGUGGAUCUUGAAGGUGAGUUGGUAAGUGCUCUUGAAGAGUUGAAAAAUGUUAGGAAAGAAUUUAAGAAUUACAAAAAAUCAGUCCAAGAAGAAUGUGAUCAGUUGAGAAAAUGUCUUGAAGAGUCCAAUAAGAAUAUCAACACAUUGACAGCUCAACUAGAAGAAGCCAAAGGGAUGUGUGAAGGAAUAAAAUCAGAUUUUUAUAUCAAGAAGAGAAGGUGUGUGGAGUUAGAGCUAGAAGUGGGGACAAAAGGAAAGGAGUGUCAGAAGCUGGAAGAUGAAGUUGUGAAUCUCAAGAAGGAGCUUGAGAAGUGCCAAGAAGAUCUCAAGCUAAGAAUGAAGUAUGAAGGAAGCAUAAGUGCAUUAAACAAGAUGUUGAAUCAACAAAAGAAAAACAAAGAUUCAACUGGUUUAGGUUGUGAGGUUGGUCAAUGUUCUACCAGUGGGGAGACAUAUAAAGGAGAGAUCAACUUUGUAUCUUCAAGUCAGGAUGGUAAUGGAAAUACUUUCACAGUUGUUGCAACAAAGAAAAAUAAUGUUGAUUAA